AUGACAAUUGACAAGCUAAUUGGAAUUCAAAUGAUCUUGGUGGCUGCCUUAGUCUUUAUUUAUUACACAACUUGGGUUUUUGUUCUUCCAUUUGUUGACGAGAACUCGUUUUUAAAUAAGUACUUUUUACCAAGAGAUUAUGCUAUUAAGUUGCCCUUGUUACUUUUGCUCAUUGGUGGACUUGGUGUAUCAAUGUUUAUUGCAAGAGUUUUGAUAAAGAGUCAAGAAAAUAAAAAGAGUAAGAAGAAACUGCAGUAG